UUUCGUUAUUUAUCAAAUUUUGCUAAAAAUCUGUGUGUUACCGGAAUCCAACCCGUGCAAAGUGAAGUGUAAAGUGUGCGGGAUAUGUCGGUUGACGACUUGCUCAACUAUGAGCUAGGAGAAAGCGAGGAUCCGGCCCUACUGAACGAAGACGACCUGCUGCUAUCGGACGAUGACAGCGCACUUAAGUUGGAUCAGCACGAGGAGGAAUUUCUCCUCAGUGAAUCGGAGGAUUGGGUGUCGAAGCAGCUCGCGGCCAAAGAAAAAGAGGCCAACAAAAAGAAGCGAACCGAGUCGAUAACGGAGAAAGUGCCCUCGCCCCAACAGGAUGCCAAAAGGCCGCCACCGCCACCGACAGUCUCUGCGGCAGCAGCAAAAAGACGCACCCGAAGUGGUACGCCUAAAAGGUUAGACGAAGAGUUGGAACCCCCUCCGUUGGCGGCGUCGGCGGCAGAUGUGGUUGUGGAAGUGAAAAAGGAAAUUGUGAAACACGAGGAGAUUUCCGAACCGAAAGUACUAGUAGCUUUUAAGUCGGUAGAAGCUUCCGAUUCGAAUGUAUCGAUUAAGGCUGAACUUUCCUCCAGCCAGGAAACCGUUAUGCCUGCCUCCACAGAGUCCGAGUUUGGACGGGACACAUCGACGGAAAUAUCUUCCAUUUCCGGAUCAUCGCUUGCUCCAGAGUCGGUCUCCGUCACAUCAUUGGUAACGGAGUCAUCGGUGAUCUCACAUUCAGAGUCGGAAACUUCCUCAGCUAGGGAAUAUAAUCAUAAAAAUAUCGAGGAAAUCGAGGCAGUGUCCUCGCAAGCCUCACUGAUUCAAGAUACAUCUAGGAAAAUAACUAAAGAGAGCCGGAUCAAAGCCGAAGACUCAAUUAAAAGCAAAUCAUCGAGUCAGCUUUGUGACACCACCUCGUCGGAAGAUGUCUUGGAUAUAUAUGUUACGAAUCAGGACCGAGAGCCAGAGUUCUCAUACGACACAGAUGAGUCCACAGAGAAGCGUGACUGGAAACAUGAGGGCAAACAUCCGGAUGGAAUCAACAAGGCAUCAUCCACUUCGCAGCAUCCACAACAGCUGCAACAUCGCCCUAAUUCGAAUAGAGCUAAUAAUUUCAAACAUUCCGGCGAUUCCGGCAAUUCAUCCGGUGAGCAGCAACAUUUUCCCCCGCAACCACUGGGGAUGCAACCACAUCCUGGCGGUCCAGGUGGUCCUAAUUUUGGAAUGGGACCAUUCCGAGGCAAUAUGCGUCCCAGGUUCCCUCCAAGACCGGGUUUCCCUGGUGACAUGAACAAUUUCCGCAACAAUCGAAUGAACUUCCCGAUGGGAGGUCGACCUCCAUUUCCUUCACGUGGACCCCCAUUCGAUCAUAUGAUGCGACCUGGAAUGAUUCGUCCCGGUGAUCGUCCGCCAUUCGAUCCAAUGCGUGGUGGACCCCGGAUGGGUCCCGGAGGACCUAUGUAUCGACCCAACGGACCAGGUGGGCCUCCGCCUGGAGGUCCUCCGUAUGGGGGUCCCAUGGGUGGACCUGGAGGGGGACCGACAAUGCCGCCAGCAGGUCCACCGGGUCCCAUGGGAUCGAUGCCACCCCAUCAGCCACCCAUACUCGGAUUUGAUAGUGGGCCUCUGACGGCUACUGCCGUUCCACCGGUCCCCGCUGCACCCGUUCUGCCUCGCAAGGUGCUGAUCAAUCCCAAUUUCAAGGGAGGAGUCGAAGCAGCGACAAGUCAACUGAUGCGAGAUGCCCUAAAUAGUCAGCAGUUUCUCGCCAGCAUUAACAACCGUCAGGUCAGUGACGAAGAACUCCUGCGCCAGCAGGAAGAGUUCAUCAACAAGAAUCGUAUCGAGGUUGAGAAACGUCGCUUCGAACGGUCUCCCUCGAGGGAGCGUGAACGGGAGCGAGAUCGAGAUCGCGACCGGGACCGGGAGCGUGAGCGAGAGAGGGAGCGUGAACGCGAACGGGAGAGAGAGCGUGAGCGGGAACGUGGCCGUUCACGGGAGCGUGAACGAGAGAGAGACCGGGACAGGGAGCGCGAUCGAGAUCAUCGGGAACGAUCGAGAGAGCGCUCGCGAUCCCCGCGGAGGCAUCGCGCCGUCAGCCGGGAUAGGGACUUGAACCGACCGAGGAGGAAUUUCCCCUCCAGGCGGCACGGCAGUCGCGACCGGGAUGACGACAGCCGGUAUCCGAAAAGACGAAAGAGUGGCGACUAUGGGGAGAACCAGAGGAACAAUAAUGAGAGAAAGGAUGACGAAGAGGAUCCGGAAAUUAAGGCGUAUCGGUUAGAGAUCGAGAAGCAGAAGGCCAUUCGGGAGAGAAUUCUCAAGGACAAAGAAAUGCGCCGUAAGCAGGCUGCGGAGGAAAUCAAGAAACCUAAGUCUUCAUCGGACCGGAAGUCCGAAGAGCCACCGGCGAAGUUUACACCGAUUGUCGUGACCGAGAAGAAGAUUAUCUCACUGAAGAAAAAAUCCGAAUCAUCAUCUUCCACAGAAAAGUCAUCAUCCGAUAGGCAUUCCUCUUCUAAUCACGAGUCAUCAUCGUCAUCGUUGUCGUCUUUGAAGAAGUCCUCACUGCCAGUCGAACACAGCAAGAAGUCCUUGGCGCAGCAGUCCGAGAGCGAUUCGAGAAAACAGUCAUCGGCUGCACCGACACCAGCUCCUGCGCCAGCACCCCCGGUGUCCACCCCGAGCCCUCCCAAGCGCAAGAUUAUCGACACUAGGGAUGCAUUGGAUCUCUUUGUGGACGAGUAUGAGGAGGAAUUGCUGCGGGAACCAACUCCGUCGCCUCCGAGGGAGAAACCUCAGCACACCACCACCAGCAGCAGCAGCAGUAGCACUGGCCGAGGUGACAGUGGGUUCGGUUCCGGCAGCCGACGGAUUGUGCUUAAGCCGGUUUCGGUUGACUCACGAUCGGAUUCACGUCAUAGCGAGCGGGAGAAGCCGCCGGCGAAAAAGUUAAGAGUAUUUGAUAGGCUAGAUAAGCGGAUAGGUGUGAAUGAAGCGGACAAACGCAAAUUGCAAAGGUUAGUCAAGGACAAUUGAAGCAAAAUUGAGGAGGAGACUUUCGAUAAAUUAUAAUCUAAUCUAAUGCACGUGUGGUGAGAGAGAGAGCUUGAAUUGUCCCCUUUUAUGUUUUCGUUUUUUUUUGUGUUCGUUUCGGAACUGUUCUUUGGUGUAGCACAUAAGCAUUUAGUGUACAGUCAAGAGCAAGUUUAUGUCAAGCUGAAUAUUACGUUUAGAGUUAGGAUUUUACUGUCCCAAUCUUCUAGCGUUAGAAUCCUUUUUUUUUAAUUUGCUAAAACAAAUAUCAACCGUUUUUAAGACGAGUUCGUUUCGAUAUUAAACGAAACUAUUAUCAUAUAAGAUAGACUUAGGUUGCUUAGGUUUUACAGUUGAAACUAGGACUGCUAACAAAUUACAACAAACCAAUCCUUUUGCGGAACUGAGAGUUCGUUCCGCUCAAAUGCUAUCAAGAUUCACACAAACACAUUUAACUACUACCCCCUUCUCCCUUACUUGUAAGCUUAAGGGUAAACAAACAAGCAAAAACUGUGAGAGUUAGUCUUUAGGCGUAAAUUAACAAAUUUUCAAUUAAGAAUAAUCGUGCUGAGAAAGUUUAGUAAGAAGAUACAGUGCAUACCAUUGCAACAUAUACUACAGAAUAGUGAUACCACUAGCCGACGAUCAAAGAGUGAACACAUCGUGAAAAAGCAACAAGAUUUUCUUCUACCCCAUACUGCCUGGUUGGAACCAAUCAUUCUUGUAUUCUUCCCGUAUUCCAACAGGAGAUCGACAAGAAUGUAACUUCCUAUCGUCAUCAUAAAGAUAGUAAACGAUGCAUGCUGCUGGUGCCGAGUGGAAGAAGCCUUCGACCUUUCGGAGUCAAUUAGCUGUGCUAUUUAUUGCUAGCGAACGGGAAUAACGACAUCCUGAGGAUCCGACUACGGGAUGCGAAUGGAACAAUACAAGAUCAGGCAGCAUUAGGGAGUGACAGGGACUGUUCAAAGUAAUGAUUUGCCAAUUGAUUGACCAGUAGUAGAAAUCUUGCACACAUGUCGAUUGUUUUCUUCACUUUUUUAUAUUUGAUAGUGUUUCAACAUUUGUUAAUGUAGAUAUUUUUUUCUAUUUUGUAUGGGUUCAUUGAACAAAAUGCAAGAAAGUACUAAAAUUAUAUACUUUUCUCCGGACGUAAACAAAAUUCUUCUGGUG